GCAAGCGCAAGGGCAACCCCAAGGGCAAGGGCAUGUUCAAGAAGCGCAAGCUCGAGGAGAUCGUUGCGGACGCAGAUGCCACGGAGGAACGCAAGCGCCUGCGGGUGAGCACGAGCGAAUUCGACGCGUACCGCACUCGACAACGCUACCCAGCCCACUACGAGCUGCUAAUGGAGGUGCUCUCAGAUCAUGACAAGAAGGCCGUCGAGGAUCUGCAGUAUCGGCGUAUCGUCCCUGAGGAUUACGAAUUGCUGUCCGGACUGGACGCGAGCGUGUCCCGCAGCGCCCGGGAUAUGGACUACAUCAACAGCGUGCUCGAGCGGUGCAAGGGCGGACACCCCGGCGAUCCGGCACCCGCGAAUUGCAUGAUUUGCAUGGAGGAUGUCCCGUGCCGCCACCUACCUUGCAGGCAUUCGUUCUGCUCCGACUGCCUCGUUUCAAGUUGGUCCAAGGUGGACGCGCUCGGCCUGAUUUGCCCUGCGUGCAGGCAAGAUGUGGCGGAAGUGUUGGCGCUCGCGGAGGAGAGAAAGGCCGGUGUCGCCACGGGCGGUUGCACCGAGGGCGCCGCGGGCGCAGGGGGCGCUGCGGAGCAGGGCGUCGGCGCUGCCGCCGCCAGCGCGGCCAGGCCCCUCGAGGGCGCCGCCCGCGCUGGUGCCGCGGGCGCGGGAGGCGUGGCCCAGGCGUCCGAAGAGGGCGACGUUGCGGGGGAGAGUGGCGAAAAGACGGUAUGGCAGUGCGUGGUCGCUACCAUUCUGUCCGAAUCCCCAGACCUCUCCUCGGAAGUCGCGAAGCGCCUCCAAGUGGGGGGCCGUCUCGAGGGCCUCGCCGUGCCUCGGAUGGAGGGCCCGGUGAUGCGGGUGCACGUGAGGAUCGGAGACAAAGUCGGCUGGGUGACGUUGCGGAGCACUUCGGGCAAGGAGCUCGUCUCAGUCUUGGGCGCCGACGCUCAACCUGGCGCUGCCGGCGGCCGUGGCGCGCCUGCCCUGGCGCCCGGGGUGCCCUCGCCAAGAGCCCCGCAGUCGCGCCCGAUGGCGGCUCCCGAUGUCGCUGACGGCCCGCCCGCGGGGCUGCCCGCGGGGGCAAUGACGCAGCAUAUGAUAGUAGAUGCGCAGUAUUUGGAGAUGGCAGUGAAGGGCAUCAAGAACAAGGAGUACCGCGGGUUGAAGACCGAUUACUGGCCGGAGGCGGUGUUCGAGAUCGUCAACAAGGAGGUGAUCAAGGUGGCCGACUUGGCCGACGAGUGCUUGCCCGACCGAGGUACGGAGGCGUGGGGCCGGCUGUUCGGCGGGUGCACGGAGGUGCUGGUGUUGCACCUCGGUGGCAUCGUAGAGAACCGCACCGAAUGGCGGCGCGAGGUGGAGGGCGCGCAAGGGGGCCCGGUGCUGCGCGCGGUUUCCCCCGAGCGCGCGGGCGCCCAGGACGACGCGGAGGACGUGGAGGGGCAGGGCCGCGUGCUCGUCGGCCAGGGCAUCGGCGCGGAAGAAGAGCAGGCGAAGUGGAGGCUGGCGAGCUCCUUCCUGUCGCGGCGCGGAGGCCUCGUCUGGAACGAGGUGGUGGAGGCAGCACUGGGCGACAAGCAGAAGCUGUUCGACCGCGUCGUGGACUUCCGGGGCACGCGCGCGACGCUGCUCACAAUGUCAAUCGGGGCGCUGAGACAAAUCGGCCAGGCUGCCAUGUUGCACUGGGACGUGAUCCGGGAGAAGAAGCCUGCACUUGUCUACCACCUAAUCCGCUGGUACCGCCAGGCGGCGGUCGAUGACGCGGCGUCGGCGGCCCCGCCCGCCGAGCCGGCGGCGGAGGAGGCGGAGACGGAGGAGAACCCAUUGGCGGACGCCCCACUCCUGAUCCCGCGCGCCAAAGUGGCGCGGAUCAUCCGCGCCCUGCUGCCGCUGUUGUCGGCGAAGAGGUCCGGCCACGCAGAAGGCGCGCCGCUGAAAAUCACCGAUGAGGCCGUGGGUGCCGUCCACGAGCACCUCGAGUACGUCCUGCGCGCUCUGGUGAGCGACGCUUUCGCUGUGGCCGAGUGGGCGAAUAAAGACCGCGUGAAGAAGAUGUCCAUGACUGCGCUGGCCGUCGGGAUGUCAGGCUCUAUCCAGACGAAGACGUUCGUGGCCAGCAAGCGGAAGCGCAGGCUUGCCAACGUCCUGGAUGACCUUGCGAAGCUCGCGGGGAGUGUUUACGACGGCGAUGCGCCGGUCGACUGGGUUGGUUGCGACGAGCUGUCCGAUUUCCUCUUCAGGAAGUUCAUCCCGGCCGAGAAAAGUGAGAAGAUUCGCGUGCCUGCGGCAGCUUUCAGGGAUAUGCGGUGUUUCACGUUCCACUUCCUCGACGCGUUCCUUUCCCAGGGCGUCGAAUCGGCGCGCCGCUGCGGUAAGAACACUCUGACCAAGCGGAUCCCCGAGCCUUCGGCCCAAUCUGCCCCCUGGCUGGCCUGGGUCGCGGGCACGAGGGCGUGGCUCCGGGAGGGCGGCGCUGCGGGUGGCAUGUCGAACAGGGAGGCGCACGAUCUGGAGGCGGCAGGCGACGGUCUCAUGGAGCAGGCCGGCAAGAGGUGGAACAAGACCACGAGGGCGUUCGACGCGGUGGCCGGACACGCCGCUUGCCCCGAAGAUGCGAAGUACAAGAAGCAGGCGAAGGAGAAGUACGACGAAGCGAGAAGGAAACGCGUGCAACUUAAAGGAAUGGCAGAGCAGUCCGUGAACAAAGACGGCACCAAUGACGUGAAGAACGCGAAGGGCCUUCAGGGCGCCAUCGACUAUAUCGACGCCAAGAAGAGCGCGAUGAGUUUACAGAUGGACUCCACCGCCAUGUUCCGCGAGGUCGCCCUGUGCGGGUUGGCGCAGGAGCAGGGCAUCGCCGCUCUGCGGGCGUGCCUCGCCGACGCCCGCGGCGACGAGACACUUCGCGCCACCGAGAUCAGUUCUGCCGUGGCGCGUCGCGCCGUCGUAUGGGGCGAUUCCGCGGCGUGGGAUGACGUGAGGGAUUGUCUCCAGUCUCGGUUGGCCCCCGGGCCCCGGCCGCUGCCAUCCCAAGUCGUGUCCGUGUCUGCCGCCCACUUCCGCGAUGCAGAUUUCACCGUUCCCGGCCCGAGGGAAGACGCUGUCCUGGUCCACGGCGGGUUGGAGAACGAUUACGAGUCCGCGGAGGAUGGGUGUCACUUCUUGCCGCUGCUUCACGUCGACGAGCAUGGCCAGUUGCCCCCGUGCCCGUCACCGAAGUGGGCCGACAUGGUGGCGUCCGUCGCUGGUCGCAGCGGCGAUCUCGUGCUGGAGUCGCGCGUCCGCGACGGGGGCGACUGCUACUUCCACGCGCUCCUCGUCCUCCUGCAUUUCCGGGGCGUUCUGCUGCUCGCGCCGGGCGGCGCGUCGGCGGCACCUGGGGGGGGCGGUGCCGGGGUUGCCCCGAGCCCCCCUUCCCCCGCGGGCUCGCCAGCCGGCCCAGGUCCAAUCGUUGACGGACCUCGGAAGAGCCCCGAGCUCGCCUCUCAGCACCCGCCUGAGUCGCCAGCUUCUGCGGAGAAGACGUCGCCUGCGUCGUUCACCUCCUUCAGGAAUGGGGCGCGAUUCGAGGAUUCUCUUGCAGAGAGUGCCAGCUUUCGCGUCCCAGACCCCACGGGCGAGAGUCUUGCCGCAUUGCAGGCUAUAGUCGAAGAGCUCCCGGAGGACGAGGCAUCGAAAGCGAUCGAAGAGUUCUUGUUCCCCGACAUCGUCUUCGAGGGAUUUAAAACGAAGGAGGGGGUGUACGAGACAGUGCGCCACAGGGUCAUGAGGGCGUGGGAGGACACCCGGUCCCACCGCCAGAUUGCCAGCGAGCUGGAUUUCGAUUUGCGCACCAUCGCGCCGAAGCUGUUGGCGGACGCCGUCCACGCCGCAGGCAAG